AUGAGGAGCGCCUUUCGCUGGUUAAACCCAACAAGUACCGAGGACCCGUCCAACCGGUCCACCGCCGCCGCCCACAACAGACAAGACAGGCGCACGCCCAUUACAAGUGACUGCGCCAGCGCCGAUAAUAUUAGUUAUCGUGCGUCGGCGUCCUCGUCUGCUUCUGACAACGCCUUCGCUUCUCCUUCACCAGGCUCCUCCAACUCAACCUCUCUUACCCCCAACUCGCCUUCCCCUCAACCCCUCACACCCACCGACUCUUUUGACGUGCCUGAUUCCCGUCCAAGCGUGUGGUCGUCCAAGCCAAUCACCAUCGCCACGCCCACUCGCGAUCUCUCACGCUCCCCCUCAGCUGUCCCCGCCAAAUCCAGCUUCGAAAGAAAUCCCUUCCAGCUGCCCGACGAACUCCUCAACUUUCCUCCCAUCCCGACCAAGAGCAUCGAUAUGACCACUGGCCCCGCCAUGGAUUCGGCCAUGGGUCGGAGUCGUCAGGACUCCUUUGUCAGUGCUGGCCCCAAGCCCAUUUCUAUGGCCAACCCCAAUCGCGAUCAUGUCAACCGCCAAAGACGUGAGAGUCUCGGUCUUGCUGGCAGCCUGAUGGGCGGCAAUUCCAGCUGGGCCCCCAUGUCCUUCGGUAGCUUCAUUCGCGACGAUAUUGCCAUGGCCGGCACCUCGCCCUUCGCUCACCAGGCAUCGCCAUCUUUCCACUCCGGCUCGUACUUGCCUAAGCUGGAGGCCAGCUUCAUGAAGGACUUCACCUGCUGCGGCCUUAACCUACCCAACCUGCACGAUCUUCUCCAGCAUUAUGAGGAGUCGCAUACUCAGCCGAGCCCGAAUACUGCGCGCAAUGCGCCCUUCUCGGUCAUGUCUACACAACCGUCUUCUAGAGCAAGCAGUGUAAGACCGCAGACUCAGCAACAAAAUACGGCUUCCUUGUCUCAACUCGGCCAACAGAGCCGUCCAGGUUCGAACCUGGGUGGCGGCAUCGGAGGCAUCGGCAUGCAAUUAGGCCAGCAAAACAUGUCGGGCCAGCAGAGCCAAAUGUCACAUUUGGAUGAGAUGGAGACCGUCGGCGACAUGGAGAUGGAUGACGCGCUUGGGCACAUGGAAAUGGACGACAGCCAGACCCAGCAGCGAACAAUGUCCCAAACUCGCACAAUGUUCGGUCAACAGCAAAGACCGCAGUUGCAUGUCAACGCCUCAGGCCUCACUCAGGGUUUGCGGACAUCUCAGCCUGCGACGCCUGCAGCCGCGAGCUUUGGCCUGCAGCACAACCCCACCGUUUCCUCCGUAAACACGCCCACGCUCACCACGCAACAAACGCCUCAGCAGCAACGGUCGAACAACGGUUUCCUCCAGAACUCUCAGAUGCAGCCUAUGGAUGACAUGGACGAGGAUCUGCCCGGCAUGCCAAUGGGCGGCAACAUGGAGCUGAAUGGAUCAAACUUUGGGGAUGUGAACUUUGGCAACUCCAGCACGAACCCCGAGUUCUGCAUCAAUGAUCCUGCCAAGCACCUCUAUAGUCCUGGCGGCGCACUCAGCAACCAGCAACGGGCUAUUCAGCAGCACCUUAUUGGAAUGGGUUUCGAUCCAAGCCAGCCCAACAGCCCUGCCAACAAGGCCCUUAUCCAGAAGUUUGGCGCAAUGAUGGUUCCCGAGGAGCACAAGCCAUUCAAGUGUCCCGUCAUCGGCUGCGAAAAGGCGUACAAGAACCAGAAUGGCCUCAAGUACCACAAAACUCACGGCCACCAAACGCAACAAUUGCACGAAAACGGCGACGGAACCUUCUCUAUCGUCAACCCCGAAACCAGCGCACCCUACCCUGGCACUUUGGGCAUGGAGAAGGAGAAGCCGUUUUCCUGCGAUGUGUGUGGCAAGCGCUACAAGAACCUGAACGGUCUCAAAUACCACAAAGGACAUUCCGCACCGUGCAACCCCGACUUCAAGUUCCUGGCUGCGGGGCUCCAGAACCUCACUAGCCUACCGGGUCUCAUGGAGAAUUCCAUGUCAAACCUUCCUGGGAUCGGCGAGGACCAGAUGAUGUAG